AUGAGACAAGGCCCCAUUCUUCCCCACCAAAAGAACACCAUCAGCAAAGACUACCCCAUCUCCACCACCAUGCAGACCAAGAUCAUCCUCGCCUCCCUGCUGGCCACGGCCGUGUCGGCCAACAACCUGCUCGCGCUGCGGCAGGUCAACACGCCGCUCGGGGACCUCUCGCCCGAGUGCCAGGCGGACCUUGCCGAGGUGCAAAAGGCGACCGACCUGCCGACGAUCCCGACGGCCUUCAUCUCCGACGCCUUUAUACGGGCGCAGACGCUGACGGACCCGUGCGCGUACACGCUGACCGGCACCGUCGCCAGCGAGUACACGAGCUUCGUCCAGGCUGCCGAGUCGUGGGCCAGCGUGCACACGAGCAUCGCCUCCAAGGUCGAAAAGGACUGCAACGCCGCCCUGCAGAACAUUGCCAACCUGUGCCCCGCCGGCAAGGCCGGUGUCACCGCCACGUCGGGCGCCGGUGCCGGCGAGCCCGCCGCCACCCCCGCGGACGGUGAGGUCGCCAAGUCCACCGGCGGCGCUGGCGAGGUCGGCAAGAACGCCGCCGUCGCUCACGGGCCGGCGGCUGCCACCGCCCUCUUGGUCGCUGCGCUCGGCGCCAUUGCUCUGUUGUAA